CUGUGCGUGCAGUGGAAGAUGCUCGGCGUGCUCGCCAUCGAGGCAGCGUUCAUGGCUGCCGUGGUGGCCGGUGUGCUCGUCGGCGCCCACACCCAUGAGAAGCGCUCCAUGAUCGUAGGCAUCCUCUGCGUCAUCUUCGGCUCCAUCAUGUACGCCUCCCCGCUCACCAUCAUGGGUAAAGUGAUCAGGACCAAGAGUGUGGAGUACAUGCCAUUCUUCCUGUCGCUGGUGAACUUCCUCAAUGGCUUGUGCUGGACGGGCUAUGCGCUCAUCAAGUUUGACAUCUACAUCACGAUCCCCAAUGCCCUCGGUACAAUGUUCGGCCUCAUCCAGCUGAUCCUGUACUUUUACUACUACAAGUCGACCCCCAAGAAGGGCAAGAACGUUGAACUUCCCACUGUCCUCACCAAAAACACCGUUACCAGCGGCAACGUCUCCGUCACCGUUGAGAAAUAAACUUGGCUUCGUCUUUAGCCCUGAAGAUUUUGAGUAGUUAAUACCGGAUGAUACUUCAACAAGUUGAUGUUAAUUAGUACUACUUUUUGUUAGCUAUCAGAGUCUUAGAUUGCCUUUAAUUUCGUGAACCAUUGUCGUCUGUCCGAGACUACUAGUGCAAAUUACAAGUGUAUAUAAAUACCAAUGCAGCUGAGUUAUCCCAGAGAUAUAUAUUAUGACACCAUGUAUGCUUGCCUGUUUUCAA